CUCGGCUGAGGCAGGAGAAAGAGAGACACAGAGACGAGUCGCACCCCCGACCCCUCCUCCCUUUUCUCUUUCCUAAAUGCAACUUUUCGUGGGGUCGCGGGGAGGCUGCUGGGUGCGGGGGUUCCCUACAUGGGGGUGCGGAGAGAGGGCAACACAGGGGGCUGGAAGGCUGCUCUAGGGGGCUUCUAAUAGGGGGGCUGCAGGACUGAAGCAAAAGCUGCAUCUACCCCCCCGCAAUCUCCUCUGUGCCCCCCAGCAUUCUCUGUGCCCCCCAACAUUCUCUGUGCCCCCCUCCUGCAGUUGAUUAGUGAGGGGUUCAGUGAUGGAUGAGCGGGGGGUCGGGGAGAAGCUGCAGCGACUCUGACUGAUCAAUGCGGGAGGCGCUCGGGAGGGUCACAGUCUUGUCUCUGACUCAGCGCAGGAGGCGGCCGGGGGGAGCCCCAAAGCUCAGACACAGAAGCCCCCGUUAUGGCAGCGGUGGAGAGACCCAGACUGCGGUAUGGCCUCUCAUUUACAGAUAUUUUCCUCUCACGGCCUCCCAUUGAGGGCCUUUUGUAGCGUGAAGAAGCCGAAGCUUGAACUGAGCCCGGGCUGGGAUAUGACCGGUUACGGUUGCCACAGCAAGGUCUAUAACUCGGGCAAGAACAGCUCCACGUCUGGCCAACCGGUGCUCAGCCACGCCUCCCUCCUCCAAACAUCUUACGAGCAGACAGUCAUCUUUCCCACCAGUGUGGGCCACAUUGUGGUGACCUCCUCCAGUAACGGUUCUUCAUCGACGACUGGUCAGGCCUUAGGUGGCCCUCAAACCAACCUGAUGCGUCGCAGUACGGUCAGCCUUCUGGACACCUACCAGAAGUGUGGGUUGAAGCGGAAGUGUGAAGAGCUGGAGAAUAACAGCAGUGUACAGAUUGUCGAUGAGCAUCCCCCCAACACCCAAAACAAUGCUAGCGGCACCACUGCUGCCACCACCUCCACAGCCACCUCCAAAAACAGUGGCUCCAACAGUGAAGGGGAUUAUCAGCUGGUGCAACACGAAGUCCUCUGCUCCAUGACCAACACUUAUGAGGUGUUGGAGUUCCUGGGCAGAGGAACAUUCGGUCAAGUGGUAAAAUGCUGGAAGAGGGGAACCAACGAGAUUGUGGCCAUCAAGAUCCUGAAGAACCACCCAUCAUACGCGAGGCAAGGCCAGAUCGAAGUGAGCAUCUUGGCCCGGCUCAGUACGGAGAGUGCCGAUGACUACAAUUUUGUGAGAGCCUACGAGUGUUUUCAGCACAAGAACCACACCUGCCUCGUCUUUGAGAUGCUCGAGCAGAACCUCUAUGACUUCCUGAAGCAGAACAAAUUCAGCCCCUUGCCCCUCAAGUAUAUUCGGCCAGUGCUCCAGCAGGUGGGAACCGCUCUAAUGAAACUGAAGAGUCUGGGGCUUAUUCAUGCUGACUUGAAGCCGGAGAACAUCAUGCUGGUGGAUCCUUCCAGGCAGCCGUAUAGAGUCAAGGUCAUAGAUUUCGGUUCUGCAAGUCAUGUGUCAAAAGCCGUGUGCUCCACCUACCUGCAGUCCAGAUAUUACAGGGCUCCUGAGAUUAUCUUGGGGUUACCUUUCUGCGAAGCCAUCGACAUGUGGUCUUUGGGGUGCGUGAUAGCUGAGCUGUUUUUGGGGUGGCCUUUGUACCCCGGAGCAUCGGAAUAUGACCAGAUCCGCUACAUCUCCCAAACACAGGGUUUGCCUGCGGAAUACUUACUGAGCUCUGGUACAAAGACCACUCGUUUCUUCAACAGGGAUGGCGACUCCCCGUACCCACUGUGGAGGCUUAAGACCCCUGAAGACCAUGAAAACGAGACCGGCAUUAAAUCAAAAGAAGCCAGAAAGUACAUCUUCAACUGCUUAGAUGAUAUGGCGCAGGUGAACAUGACAUCGGAUCUGGAGGGGAGCGACUUGCUGGUCGAGAAAGCGGACAGGCGGGAAUUCAUCGACCUCCUGAAGAAGAUGCUGACGAUCGAUGCAGACAAGAGGAUAACCCCGAUCGAGACACUGAACCACCCCUUUGUCACCAUGACGCACCUCUUGGAUUUCCCACAUAGUUCACACGUCAAGUCCUGUUUCCAGAACAUGGAGAUCUGUAAGCGGCGGGUGAAUAUGUACGACACUGUGAACCACAGCAAAACCCCCUUCAUCACUCACGUUGCCCCGAGUACUUCCACCAACCUCACUAUGACCUUCAGCAACCAGCUCAACACUGUGCACAGUCAGCCUACGGCAGCAUCCAUGGCGGCAGUUGCCCAGAGGACUAUGCCUCUUCAGACAGGAACAGCCCAAAUAUGUGCCCGCCCAGACCCCUUCCAACAAGCUCUCAUCGUGUGCCCGCCAGCAUUCCAGGGGCUCCAGACCUCUCCUUCCAAGCAUGGCGGGUACUCGGUGCGAAUGGAAAACACUGUGCCGCUGGUCACCCAAACAGCUGGUGCUCAGGCUCUGCAGAUCCAGCCUGGGCUCCUGACACAGGUACAAGCUGUGGGUGGAAAGAAUUGGGCUUGGCCCAGUGGCACGCAGCAGAUCCUUCUUCCACCGGCCUGGCAGCAACUGGCAGGUGUCGCCGCUCAUACCUCAGUUCAGCAUGCUACAGUCAUCCCAGACAGCAUGGCAAGCUCUCAGCAGUUGGCUGACUGGAGGAACACGCAUGCUCUUGGUACCCACUACAAUCCCAUCAUGCAGCAGCCGGCUCUCCUCACCGGUCACGUGACCCUGCCCUCUGCUCAGCCGCUGAAUGUUGGCGUGGCGCAUGUCAUGAGGCAGCAGCCGACCAGUUCAUCCUCCUCGUCACGUAAGAAGCAUCACUCCUCAGCGAGGAAUGUUUCUGCUUACGAGGUGACCUCCUCUCAGUCCGUGAACUCCGCCCAGAGAUCGAAACGCGUGAAGGAAAACACCCCACCUCGCUGCUCUGUGCCCCAGAACACUGCCCCCUGUGUCCCCUCUAUCACCUGUGGAUGGGGGAAUAGUGCCGUGGGAGUGCCCCACAACCAGCAGCGGCAGACAAUCAUCAUUCCUGAUACACCCAGUCCGGCUGUGAGUGUUAUCACCAUCAGCAGUGAUACAGAUGAGGAGGAAGAGCAGAAGCACGUGGCGCCCAGCCUUCCCAAACAGCGCAGGAAUGUAAUCAGCUGCGUCACAGUCCACGACUCGCCCAUCUCUGAUUCCUCAAGCAACACCAGUCCCUAUGCAGCCCGCGGACAUCGCCGGGCCACCAAUGCCACUGCCAGUGAGAGCAAAUGUCUGCCAGUUAACCCCUGUCCGGCCAACCCACGCACUAUUAUUGUGCCGCCUCUUAAGACCCAGCCAAGUGAAGGUCGACUGGAAUGUGAAAGGAAACAGCCAGACACCACCAGCCACCAAAUGUACAAAACAAAGUCAUCGUCCUCCUCAGUGGCGUCUGCCUCUCAUUCGUCUGCCAGUUCCGCGGGCACAGCCGCCUAUCGGCAAUCUCGGGCACCGGGACACUCCUUCCAGCAGCAGCCGCUCAAUCUCAGUCAGGUGUCUCAGCAUAUCAGCACAGAGCGAACUGGCAGUCACAGGAGGCAGCAAGCCUAUAUUGCACCGACCCUCGCCCAGGCACCCUAUUCUUUCCCGCACAGUAGCCCCAGCCACGGAGCCGUUCACCCACAUCUGGCUGCCACUGCUCACCUACCAAGCCAACCUCACCUCUACACAUACACUGCCCCCGCGGCUCUGGGUUCCAGUGGCACCGUCGCUCACUUAGUGGCGUCACAAGGCUCUGCGAGACAUGCUGCGUAUCCGGCCAGUAUUGUGCCAGUCAGCAUGGCACCACGGCUACUUCCUUCUCCUAGCCUUCACCCAAGCCAGUACCAGGCUCAGUUUGCUCACCAGACUUACAUCCCGGCCUCCCCGACCUCUGCCGUCUACACUGGAUACCCUCUGACCCCACCUAAGGUCAAUCAGUACCCCUAUAUCUAGACCCUGGCAAGGGGGGAGGGAUAAGGGGAGGUCACGACUUUAAUCAAGAUAAAGGGCCACUGGGCAUGAAGCAGAGUCUAUGUAGCAGCAGGGUACUGGAAUAUGUUUCCCCACAUCCCUUCUAUUCAGGAGUUCCAUCAGGACCCUCAGAUUCAAAUAACAGGGACCUUGUAUGAACUGUGGAUGCUAAUUGUGCCCAUAGGGCAGGAUGCUCCUCCCCCGAGGAGCCAGUGACUGUAUCCCCUUGGGGAUGAGACUGGGACUGACCCCCCCAAACAGAGACAGGAAACCUCUUCUCACUCGUGUCCACUGGAUUUAACAACUUGCUGCUCUGUUUCGGGGUGGGGGGGGAUGUCAUAGUGAAUGUUGCUGGAGCUGCCCCUAGCUAGAAGUUGUAUUUAUUAAUCUGCGCCUCUGAGUUACUGAGAACAGGCUUAUUUUAUUUCGUUUCUGACAUAGCAAGAAGCUUAGGAGCUGACCCAGAGUUUUAUAGGUUUUAGUUUUCGACUGUAAUUCUAGGAAAACAAAAAUGUAUUUUUUUUUUUUCGGUUUUAAUUUUUACGGAGGGAGGGCGUGGCCUUGGGGUUUGGCCUGCCCGACUUCUUGUGUUUGAUAAAUUUGUGUGUGUGUCGGGGGGGAACUCCGCAUACCUCUAAUAACUUUAUCCCCUCUCCCUCGUUAGGUUAUACGUUUUUCCCUCAUUCAGCACUAAUUGUCCUUAUUUUAAGUUUUUUUUUUUUUAGUGUUGUCAAUUUUUUUUAAUUGUUGUAACAGUUUUAUCAGGAUGAACUCUUGUGCGUAGGGCACCUCUUCUCCAAAACCAAAAUCAAGCAGCGCGGGUUGUGGACUUGUUUUUAAAGAAUGAAUUAUGGGAUGUCGCGGUGGGUUUUUCGAGUAGGAACAGAAGUGACCGGUGGAGCGGAAGGCAGGACCGAGGGAACGGGAGAGAGAGAGAGAGAGUCCUCCCAUUGGAUCCAAGAAGAGAAACAAUAUGGCGGAAGGCUGGAGACUGUUGCAAGGACUUUAUACGGACUCAGCUGCUAACCUCUCACUAUUUCAAGUCACUUUAAAGGAAUUGUCCCUCCCCCCCCCACCGUCUGUGCUACAGUGUAGUGCAGUCACAUGUACCCUGUUUUUUAAGCUUCUCCAAUAGAUCUUCUAUUUUCUCCUUUAUCGUUGCGUUGCACACGGUAGACUAGAAUUGUUUCCCACCCAAUCCAAACACUUGAUGGGCAUCAUGUGAUCUAAAGAUAGUGGCAUGUAACUGUGACGCUCCCCGUAUGUCUGUGAAUCUUGCGCCUCCCCCCCAUUAACGCUCAUAGUGCCUUACAAGCCGUUUGAUGGUGUUUGGCAGCGUGUGUCCCCGGCGUUGUCCCCAGUAUUGUCCCUGAUAAUGUCCCCGGUAUUGUCCCCAGUACUGUCCCCAUGGUAGCUACGUUGCAUUAGAUGCCAUCAUGUCCAUCUCCUGGUUCUCAAGCUCAUUUGGACUAUAACCCAUGUUUAUUCUAGUGUGGCGUGACCGAUAUAUCCCGUGUUGGUAUCGGCAUCUAUUUAAACACUAUUGAAAAAAACCUUAAAGGGGAACUAGGCCACAGAUUUUAUCUUCCACCUAUUGUUUAGUUUUUUUUUUUUUUUAAUGAAAAAAAAAGAAAGAUUACUGUGUUUCAUUUAAAGUUUUUGUGGGUAAGGGAACACAGGUCUGACUUUUUUUGUG